AUGCCAGAGGCGGAGGGCGUUGGCGAGGCGUUCCACAAAGCCCCAGGGGUCCUGUCGGCGUCGCAAGUGCAGGACGCACCCCUGCUGAAGGCCCAAGACGCGCAUAGCCCAUACAAGAUGGCUGUAGGUGAGCACGGCUCACCGCGCAGCCCGGCGUACUCCGACAGCGGGUGCAACACAGUGGCUGACUCUGCAGUGCACGGGAGCCACGGGUUCACCGCGGACCCCUACCAGGUCGUGGCGAAUCCAAUUUACGUCCUGCAGCACCAACCCAUUGUUCAUCAAACACAACCUGAAAAGUGCUGGAACGUGUACUGGCUGUUGUACGUCCUGGGGUGGGUGCUCCUGCUGCCGCCCAUCUGGAUUGGUGGGGCAUUUGGGAUAUGCUCAAAGAAGGAGGGCGAAAAAAUGGCGGGCUGGGUCAGCUUGGUGACCUUCAUCAUAAUCACGAUCACUGUGAUCGUGCCUGCCAUUCUUGUCAUAGUGAUUGCCGUGGACUCGCCAUUUGACGAUGACGGUGUUGAGUAG